AUGGUGGAGGGUGCUCACAGCGAUGAGCUUGCUGCUGCUUCAAGGCUGGAGGAUACCGUCAGCUUCUACCAGACCACUAGCCCCGAUGUGGCCAAGCUUUUCCACAUUGACCCGGAAGCAAAGCGCCCGUCAGUAGUCCUGCUCAAGAAAGAGGAGGAGAAGUUGACCGUUUUUGAUGGUGAGUUCAGAGCGUCGGCGAUUGCCGAGUUUGUUUCGGCCAACAAAAUCCCAUUGAUCACCACACUCACACAGGAGACCGCCCCUGCGAUUUUCGAUAAUCCGAUCAAGAAGCAAAUUUUGCUAUUCGCUGUUGCGAAGGAGUCCUCAAAAUUUCUGCCCAUCAUCAAGGAAACAGCAAAAUCAUUCAAGGGGAAGCUUUUAUUUGUCUUUGUGGAGCGUGACAAUGAGGAAGUUGGCGAACCUGUUGCCAAUUACUUUGGAAUUACUGCACAAGAGACCACAGUUCUUGCUUACACUGGGAAUGAAGACGCUAAGAAGUUCUUCUUCAGUGGUGAAAUAUCACUGGACACCAUUAAGGAAUUUGCUCAUGAUUUCCUGGAGGACAAGCUCACACCAUCCUACAAGUCUGACCCAGUACCUCAAUCCAAUGAUGAGGAUGUCAAAGUUGUUGUUGGCAAGAGUCUAGAUCAAAUAGUUCUGGAUGAAUCAAAAGAUGUCCUUUUGGAGGUAUAUGCGCCAUGGUGUGGGCAUUGUCAGUCACUGGAGCCUAUCUACAACAAGCUGGCCAAGUAUCUCCGUGGGAUUGACUCCCUUGUAAUAGCCAAAAUGGACGGCACAAACAAUGAGCAUCCUCGUGCCAAGCCUGAUGGAUUCCCCACGAUACUCUUCUAUCCAGCUGGGAAGAAAAGCUUUGAGCCUAUAACUUUCGAGGGGGGCCGGACGGUGGUGGAGAUGUACAAGUUCCUCAAGAAGCAUGCCGCCAUCCCAUUCAAGCUGAAGCGCCCGGACUCGUCAGCGGCACGGACCGACAGCGCUGAGGACCCAGGUUCCUCAACCAAAGGCGAGAAGAGCUCCGGUUCGAACCCGAAGGACGAGUUGUAG